ACAUAUUAUAUAAAUAAAUAAAGAAUUAUGUGAUCAAUAUGUAUAUAAGCAUAUUGAAAUAUUGUUUCUGAACAUUCUCGAGCCUGUACAUCGGUGACAUGAUGAUUUCUCUUCCUCUGUUGCCAGUGCUUCUAAUAUCUGCUGUAACGGCAGAGAUUGGUACAGAGAAAUGGGACUACGUCACAGUUCGUCCCGGGGCCCACCUUUUUUAUUGGCUGUAUCACACAGUUUCACCAAGCGGAAUCGAUGAAGUCCCUCUCAUCAUGUGGCUUCAGGGAGGACCAGGUCAAUCGUCUACUGGCAUGGGGAAUUUCCAGGAGAUUGGUCCAUUGGAUGUGUCAUUGAAUAAAAGGAGCACCACAUGGCUUUCAGAGGCCAGUAUUCUGUUCGUGGACAGCCCAGCCGGAUCUGGAUAUAGCUACGUUGAGUCUGAUUCUUUGUAUUGCACAAGCACAGACAUGAUUGCAUCUGAUAUUAUUACCUUUCUUGGAAUAUUCUUUAAAAGUACGAACGGAAAGCCAUUUCAGAAAGCACCGUUUUACAUUAUGACUGAGUCCUAUGGAGGGAAAAUGACUACUGUUAUUGCAGAUCUACUAAUUCAGGCAAUAUCGGAAGGAAGAGUGAGUUGUUCCUUUGUUGGCGUGACACUUGGGGCACCUUUUAUUCAUCCAGCGAAGACAGCUCAGAGUUAUGCCAGCUAUUCAUUAGCCAGCUCACUUAUUGACGAAGAUGAGGCAACAAAUUUGUUGAAUAAAUACAAGUCGAUUGAGAAAUGCAUCGCAAAUAGACAGUGGAUGUGUGCAUACAAGAACAUGAACCAGAUGUUGGGAAAUCUUCUACUCUUCACCAAUGGGGUCAACUUGUACAACAUUCUUGAAUGGCAGGAUACGGAUAAAGUAUCAACAUCAGCUAAUGCCUCCAGCUUUUCAUUUAAAAGAGGUAUUUUAUCUACAAUAAUCAUUAAAGCGGUUAAUUUAUGAAGCACAUUUUGUUCU